CCCUCUUCAUGCCCCCGGUUGAGGAAGUGAAUUCGCUGACAGGGCUGGGCUCGGACGCACAGGCGAAGGAAAACAGCAGCUCGUCGGAAGGGGCGAAAUAAUAACAAAACGAAGAGGGCCGGUGCAAAAUCAGCGACACAAAAGCUAAACAAAGCGCCAGAAUUCAUUCACUUCCGAGAGCGACACCGAGAGCUGCAGACAUGAAUGACCAGCAGUUGGACUGUGCCCUGGACUUGAUGAGGCGUCUGCCGCCACAGCAGAUUGAGAAGAAUCUCAGUGACCUCAUCGACCUGGUGCCCUCCCUGUGUGAAGACCUGCUGUCCUCUGUGGACCAGCCGCUGAAGAUCGCUCGUGACAAAGUGGUGGGCAAGGACUAUUUGCUCUGCGACUACAACCGUGAUGGAGAUUCCUACAGGUCCCCCUGGAGUAAUAAGUACGAGCCGCCAAUUGACGAUGGCGCGAUGCCGUCCGCGCGACUGCGCAAGCUAGAGGUGGAGGCCAACAACGCCUUCGACCAGUACAGAGACCUGUACUUUGAGGGGGGCGUGUCUUCCGUGUACCUGUGGGACCUGGAUCACGGCUUUGCGGGGGUCAUCCUGAUCAAAAAGGCCGGGGACGGCUCCAAGAAGAUCAAAGGCUGCUGGGACUCCAUCCACGUGGUGGAGGUGCAGGAGAAGUCCAGCGGGCGAACGGCGCACUACAAGCUCACCUCUACUGUGAUGCUGUGGCUCCAGACGACCAAGACGGGGUCUGGCACCAUGAACCUGGGGGGCAGCCUUACCCGACAGAUGGAGAAAGAUGAGACGGUGGGAGAAUCCUCCCCUCACAUCGCCAACAUUGGCCGCCUGGUGGAGGAUAUGGAGAAUAAGAUUCGCUCCACCCUAAAUGAGAUCUACUUUGGGAAGACCAAGGACAUUGUUAAUGGACUGAGAUCUAUUGACUCUUUGCCCGAUAAUCAAAAGUACCGGCAGCUCCAGAAGGAGCUGUCUCAGGUCCUCACCCAGCGGCAGAUCUACAUUGAGGCCGACGAGUAGGGCUGGAGGAGCGUUCAGACAAUGGCUGACAAGUCGAAGCAGGAAGCCCUGAAGAAUGACCUAAUGGAGGCACUCAAACGCAAGCAGCAGAGUUAGAUGCUCUCUGUCUCUCUCUCUUUGUCUCUCUCUCUCUCUCUCCUUCUCCUCCUUUCUGCAUCUUUCUUCCAUUUCACUCCUCACAUCUGUGUCCCUUUCUGUUUCUGUCUCACUCACUCGCUCCAUCACUCCCUUUUUCUCUGUCUCUCUGUCUCAGUGCUGCACACUCUGUUCGUCGGUCUGAAAUCAAAAGAAAAGGCAUUUCAUUUUCCAGAUUGUUCCCUUUCUCUCUCUCCUGGAAGCAUCUCACCUUCGAAAAAAAAAUCUUCGACAUCCACUCUCCAUGUUGUUACUGUUAUGAAUAUUAGUGUUAUGAUUGUUAAUUAUGAUAUACAUUUUGACAACAAUGUUGAUAACCCCUGAAGCUCUUUCACUGUUGGCUUUUCACAAGGGCACGUUACAAAAGAACCACCCCUCUGCCCUACACCCUACCUCUUUUUCAAGGUUAAGCGGAAGGGGAAUGCAAUCAAAAUGGCUGACUAAAGCAAGGGCUGGGUGGGGGAUUGUGCUGAUAAGUACUGGUUAUCAUUUUCAGCAACUAUUUAUUUUCUAUUCUUAUAUUGAUUAUAUAUAUAUUGUAAUAUUGGUGUUAUCUCUGUCCCCCUCCCCCCCAUCUCCCUGUAAUAAAUAUAUUUGUUACUCUUCUGUAAAGAGGUUGGGGAGGCAUUCACUGGCUUUUUAUUGAUGCUAUUGCUAUUACUCUUAUUAUCAUCAUAAUUGUUUUGAUUGGGCAGCGGUUGGUGCUGUGUCCCUCUGUCGUUUUACGUCAAGGCUUAAGGAAGGGGGGCAGACAUGGAGACGGGAAGAUGGGAGAAUGAAUGAACAGAUUUGUUUAUUACCUUGUCGUUUCUCAUCCCUCUCUCCCUUUUCUGUUUUUUUUUUGGGGUCGUGGAUUCUGUUUCUGUCUUGCAGGAAGCUUUUUGUUUGUUAUUAUUUUGGUUAUAUUUUUAAGUUGUUUGUUCUUUUUUUUUUUUUUUUUUGUAAAGCUUACAGUUCAUGUUGUAUUAGAGCCUCCAGCACGAUUAAAACUUAUAAGGUGGUCAAUA